UGGUUUUUACAAGCGCUCUCCAGUCCGCUCCAUUCCAAGCGCACGCACGCUGCUGAUGAGAAAAGCCUGGUAGCCUACUCUUUUAAACGUGUGGAAAGACUGAGCGUGUAGGAAAAUCAUGGAGGAAAAGAAGAGCGAAAUCAAUGGACACGCCGGGCACAAAAACCCGUUACCAGCAGUCUCAACAAAAUCAGAAAAGAACAGCUUUAAAGACCGGUUCAUGGUCUUCCUCAAAAGAAAUCUCCUAGUGCUCUUGACGGUGUCCGGGGUUCUGGUGGGCGUCGGGCUCGGGAUGAUGGUCCGGAACAUGAACCUAUCCCGAGCGCAGAUGACUUACUUCGCCUUCCCCGGAGAGAUGCUGCUGAGGAUGCUCAAGAUGAUCAUCCUUCCUUUAGUGGUUUGCAGUUUGAUUUCUGGCGCUGCGAGUCUGGACACGCGGUCGCUGGGAAAGCUCGGAGGAAUCGCCGUGUCUUACUUUCUGGUGACCACUCUGAUCGCUUCAUCCAUCGGGGUUGCGCUCGCCUUCAUCAUCAAACCGGGCGUGGGAGCCGGAGCGCUGAACACCAACAACUUGGGGCUGGAAGGCGUGAGCUCCAACAGAGAGACAGCGGAUUCGUUUUUAGAUCUUGCAAGGUAUCAUUUGUAUGUCACUGAUUAUAAGACAAUUCUUGUUGGAAAUGGAACAAACGGAACCCUCAACUACCAGAAGGUUCCCUAUGGAGCAGAUGCCGAUGGAAUGAAUAUUUUGGGCCUUGUUCUCUUUGCUAUGGUUUUUGGAGUUGCUUUGAGAAAGCUUGGGGCAGAAGGAGAGGAGCUCAUUCGCUUUUUCAAUGCCUUCAAUGAAGCCACCAUGGUACUGGUGUCCUGGAUCAUGUGGUAUGUGCCUUUUGGCAUCAUGUUCUUGGUUGGCAGUAAGAUUGUGGAGAUGGAAGAUGUGGUUCUGCUGGUCACUAGUUUGGGGAAGUACAUUUUUGCCUCUAUCCUGGGCCACAUCAUCCAUGGUGGCAUCGUCUUACCACUUAUCUACUUUGGGUUCACUCGUGCAAACCCCUUCAGUUUCCUGUCUGGCCUCAUCACACCUUUUACCACUGCCUUUGCUACCUGCUCCAGCUCAGCGACACUGCCCACCAUGAUGAAGUGUGUGGAGGAGAACAACGGUGUUGACAAACGAAUCAGUCGAUUCAUUUUACCGAUUGGAGCCACUGUUAACAUGGAUGGAGCAGCCAUUUUCCAGUGCGUUGCGGCUGUGUUUAUUGCCCAGCUCAACAACGUUGAACUCAACGCAGGCCAGAUCUUCACAAUCCUGGUGACAGCCACCGCCUCCAGUGUGGGAGCAGCAGGUAUUCCAGCUGGAGGGAUCAUCACCAUCGCUAUCAUUCUGGAGGCCAUUGGUCUGCCUACCCAUGACCUGUCGCUCAUGUUGGCUGUGGACUGGAUUGUAGACCGCACCACCACCGUUGUGAAUGUGGAGGGAGAUGCACUUGGUGCUGGCAUUCUUCACCACAUCAAUGAGCAAGAGAUGAAGAAACAAAGACAACAGGAGCAGCAUCAAGAGGAGCAAGAACUGGAGGAGGUGAAGGUGGAGGUUGUGGCUAAUGUCAAAGCAGAAGAGGAGACCUCCCCUCUCGUCACAUGCCAGAACCAAGGAGACAGUUCCUCACGUGAAACACUCGACGACAAGGACGGUGUGGAGUCUGUACUGUAAAGUGUUGACUGUGGUCUUUCAUCUCUUUCUUCUUUAAUCUUUCUCACUCUUUUAAAAACCACUAUAGACAUGAUGUCUCCACCAGUGUGAAGUUUACGUCAAAUAUAAAGUUUAUUCAAGUCUGUGAAUGGAACAUUAAUGGUCAGUUUGCUGUUUUACAUUUAGUUUGAAGUACUUGAGAGAAGAACAGGUUCUGUUAUGAUAAUCUUAUCCAGUUGUGCCAAAAUGAUUUCUUAUUAUCGGUUUUUGUGUUUGGGAACAUUUCCCAGAUUAUGUGCAAAGUCUAAAAGGGAACAUGUCCAGUCUGCAAGCAGAUGUCUAGUGAAGAGAUGGAUAGUAAUGAAAAUCAUUCAGACUGACCUCUUGCUCUGUUUGUUUGCUAUAUUUUAACUGACUGUAUGAAACAUUUACUAUUUUGAAGAUUGACCGGUAAGUAUUUGCUGUAAAUAUUUGUCUCUAAUGGCAAAUCCUGUUGCAUUGUGGUAUAGUCCAAAGAUUUAUUGGGGACUAUAUCAAAACUGUGAAAUACUCCUGUGAAUUCUAGCAGAUUCAGAGCUUGUGCUUUAUGGUUUUAGUACUUUCAAAUCUGGUGAACUUUCAAAUUUGAAGUGAACGUCAAGCUCAAAAGAUUGAAACAAAACUCAGGGUCACAGGUGAUACUGAACCUGAUGAUGAAAGACACACUGGAGGGCAAACAUUUCCUGAUAGACCUCCUCCAUUCUCUUGUCUACAUUACAAAUACAUGCUGUUGACCCAAGAACGUGGUAUCUGGUGACACCUAGUGGUCAGGGGAAAUAUAAACACUGACUUUGUCUUGACUUUUUGUACAUUUUAUGCCCAACUUUUAAGUUUGGCCAUUAGCUAAGAAGUAAAUGAUUUUAAACGACAAUUUGAUAAGUAUGAAUGAGUUUAAUUUAUUCUAAUUGUUUAGCCUUUUGUAAAAAGAUUCAGAUGUUAAAGGGUUUACAUGAACUAAGCUGUUAAUUAGCACUUGAUUAGUGUGUUUAAUAUGCAUUUUCUCCUUGUAUUUUUCCACUCUCUUUUAACUGUAUGUUAUUUUGUUACUCUGUGUCUCUGCUUACUAUAAAUCAUAAGCAUU